AUGUGGAAGGAUAAGCUUUUGACUCACGUCAAUCAUAUUGACAAGUUGUACAAAAGGAAGCAACUUGAGAAAGGUCUGCCAGAAGUGCAUGUCCUGAUGGCGAAUUUCCUACAUGGAACGCCAGAGAAGCCCCCGCCUGUCACAGAGCAGAACAAUUUGAAUGCGAUGGAAGGUGAUGGUUUGGGAAAGGGGUAG